AAGUGUCAGCAAAACAGAGAAGCCGGUGGAGUAGAAGAGAGCCAGCUCGCUUGUCUGACAAUUGCAAUCAUUUGUACUUUCACUUCCAAAGAAAGGCGCAUUAGCUAACGAGUUUUGCUCGAAAAGUCAUCAAAAUCAGGGAGUCAUGGCUGAAGGUGGCAAUGUAGCUUGUACUGAGAGAAAAUGGAAGAUACCACUCUUUGUUUUCUUUGAAGAUAUUAGGCAUGUGUUCAAACUCGACGAUCUUGGCAUGGAAAUCCUAAGUAUUGCGUUCCCUGCAGCGCUAGCAUUAGCUGCUGAUCCCAUUGCUUCUCUCAUUGAUACUGCAUUCAUUGGUCAUUUAGGUUCGGUGGAAAUCGCAGCAGUAGGAGUAUCAAUAGCCAUAUUCAAUCAAGCCUCUAAAGUCACAAUAUUCCCUUUAGUUAACAUAACAACUUCUUUCGUUGCUGAGGAAGACACUGUUAGAAGAAUUAACGAAAAAGCAGCAAUCGCAGACUUAGAGAAAGGUUCAGAAGAGAAGAAUGAUACAAAACUGCCAUUAACUGAUGAUACUGACCAUGAGAAGCUGGAAAAAUGUGCAUCCACAAAAGUUGAAACCAAAGAUUCCGCACCAGCACCAGCACCAGCAGAAGAAUUCAAGACAACAGCAUGCAAGUCUCCUGAUAAUCAAAGUAAAGGCAAAGUCAAACGUGUGAAGCGACAUAUUCCAUCUGCUUCAACUGCAAUUCUUAUGGGCUGCAUUCUUGGCCUUUUGCAAACAAUCUUCCUUAUAUUUCUCGCAAAACCAAUUCUAAGCUUAAUGGGUGUGAAAUCUGGAUCUGCUAUGCUAUCCCCAGCAAAGAAGUAUUUAACACUGAGAGCACUUGGUGCUCCUGCAGUCCUCCUUUCUUUGGCUAUGCAAGGCGUUUUCCGUGGUUUCAAGGAUACAAGAACUCCUUUAUAUGCUACUGUUGCUGGAGAUUUGACAAAUAUAGUUUUGGACCCGAUCUUUAUUUUUGUUUUCCGUUGGGGUGUUAGUGGUGCUGCCAUCGCUCAUGUUCUUUCUCAGUACUUGAUAUCAAUUAUUCUCCUAUGCAAAUUGAUGACAGAAGUGGAGUUAUUACCUCCAAGUGCAAAAGAUCUGCAGUUCAGCAAAUUUCUCAAGAAUGGAUUUUGGUUACUAGCAAGGGUGAUAGCUGUAACAUUUUGUGUGACUUUGGCUGCAUCAUUGGCUGCACGUCUAGGCGCAACACAGAUGGCUGCAUUUCAAGUGUGCUUACAGAUUUGGUUAACAUCAUCCCUACUUGCUGAUGGAUUGGCUGUAGCAGGACAGGCAAUCCUUGCUAGUUCUUUUGCUGAGAAAGACUACCAGAAGGCAAAGGCUGCAGGAGUUCGAGUCCUACAGAUGGGAUUUGUGUUGGGAUUGGGACUUGCUUUGGUUGUUGGUAUUGGUCUAUAUUUUGGUUCAGGAGUCUUUUCAAAGGACAAAAAUGUUAUCCGUCUCAUAACCAUUGCCAUCCCGUUUGUCGCUGGUACACAACCAAUCAACUCAUUGGCGUUUGUUUUAGAUGGUGUCAACUUUGGAGCAAAUGAUUUUGCAUACUCAGCAUAUUCCAUGGUUUUGGUUGGUGCACUAACAGUAACAUGUGAGUUUGUCCUUUCCAAAAGCAAUGGUUACAUUGGAAUAUGGAUUGCUUUAACCAUAUUCAUGGCCCUGCGUACCAUUGCCGGUUUAUGGAGGAUGGGGACAGGAACAGGACCCUGGCGUUUCCUGCGGAUUCCAUCAUCGUCAUCAGAAGCAAAAUCAUAGAGUUCCUAGCACUUCUGUGGCUAUUUAUAUCAUACAUUUUCCAUCUUUCAUUUCCUUUGUACUUCUCCCUUCUUUUUUCUUUUGCUUUUGUUGUUCUUGGUGAUGCGUACAGGGUGGAAAUUGUACACACUUUCUACUCAUAUGUUUGUAUAAUAGUCUGACUUCAGUGUCAUUAUCAUAAGAUUUUGUAGCUAUAUGCAGAUAUAUACAUCUUUGCAUACGUAAACUUUAAUUGCUUUUAUAUUAGCUA